UCUCUCUCUCUCUCUCUCUCUCUCUCUCUCUCUCUCUCUCUCUCUCUCUCUCCGCUGUAACUUUCCUCCUCCGGAUCCUGAACUCCGUCUCUCUCCCACCUGCGCAGUUCGGAGCUGCCAUGAAUCCCGCCGCCGCGUUUCCGAUCUUGAUCUCCGCGCUGCUGCUGCCCGCCCACGGCCUCUACAUCGCCAGUAGCCUAGAUUCCCUGCAGCACGUGCUGGGGGACUAUGGACUGGUGAGGCCCGUGCUGAGCGACGCGCACGGCCGCUUCUUGUCACACGCGGUAUCGGCAGGCGCAGCACGCGGGCAGUUCCGUAGGCGCUGGCGAAGAGAGGCGGAAACGCCCGACGAGCCGCGAGGAGACGGCGAGAGGCUCUACUACAACGUCACCGUCUUCGGCCGGGAGUUCCACUUGCGCCUGCAUCCUAACACGCGCAUGGUGGCUCCCGGAGCCAAGAUGGAGUGGCAAACGCCGGGCGGCACGCGCUCGAAGACGUUAAACAUCGACUGCAUGUACGUGGGCGACAUCACGGACGUACAAGGAGCCACGGUGGCAAUCAGCAACUGCGACGGCCUGGCGGGGAUGAUCCGAACUGAGAGGGAGGAGUUCUUCAUCGAGCCGGUGGAGACGGGACAUCGUGUGACGGAGCAGGAGGACGGUGGCGGCGGUCGUCCUCACAUCGUGUACCGUUCUGCUGCUGUGAAGAAGCCUCCCACCAGCCCGCUAGCUGCAGACCUUCAUUCCAGAGGUGCUGAUCUUGGAGGUCUCCUGGAUCUGGAGACUCUGUAUGAAGGAAUAGAGCGGAGCGUAAACCAGACGCGGAGAUCCCGACGUCAGUCUCCCGAGCGAGCCUACAACAUCGAGGUGUUGCUCGGGGUCGACGAUUCGGUGGUGCAGUUCCACGGGUCGCAACAUGUCGAGAAGUACCUGCUUACGCUCAUGAACAUCGUGAAUGAAAUCUACCACGACCAUUCUCUGGGAGCGCGGAUUAAUGUGGUUCUGGUACGGAUUGUCCUGGUAGAUGCUAAAAAGUCCACGAAUCUGAUCGAGCUGGGAAACCCGUCUCAGAGUCUGGAGAACGUUUGCCGCUGGGCGUUCGAGCAGCAGAGGAAGGACACUAACGACAAAGACUACCAUGACCACGCCAUUUUCCUUACACGCCAAGAGUUCGGACCAACAGGGAUGCAGGGUUACGCCCCUGUAACCGGUAUGUGCCACCCAGUGCGGAGCUGCACCCUCAACCAUGAGGACGGCUUCUCUUCUGCCUUCGUAGUGGCCCACGAGACCGGUCAUGUGCUGGGAAUGGAGCAUGAUGGUCAGGGGAAUCAAUGUGGGGAUGAGGUGCAGAUGGGCAGCAUUAUGGCUCCCCUGGUGCAGGCCGCCUUCCACAGAUUCCACUGGUCCCGCUGUAGCAAGCAGGAACUGGGCCGCUAUUUACACUCAUAUGACUGCCUGAGGGACGAUCCAUUCGAGCACACAUGGGAGGAGUUGCCCCAGCUGCCCGGCCUGCACUACAGCAUGAAUGAGCAGUGUCGCUUUGACUUUGGUGCAGGAUACAUGAUGUGCACUGCGUACCGUCCCUUUGACCCAUGUAAGCAGCUGUGGUGCGCUCAUCCAGACAAUCCGUUCUUCUGCAAGACCAAAAAAGGACCGCCGAUCGACGGAACGAUAUGUGGAGACGGCAAGCACUGCUUUAAAGGACACUGUGUGUGGUUAACUCCAGACAUCAUAAAGCGAGAUGGGAACUGGGGCAUGUGGAGCGAGUACGGUGCCUGCAAUCGGCUUUGCGGAAGAGGACUUCAAUUCCGCACUCGCGCUUGUGACAAUCCACGUCCUGCUAAUGGUGGACGCACCUGCACCGGCUCGAACUACCAGUUCAGAGUGUGUAACACUCAUGACUGUGAGGACCCGUACCGGGACUACAGGGCCGAGCAGUGCAGCUCCAUGGACAGCAAGUUUGAGUACCACAACAUGAAACACCACUGGCUGCCUUAUGAGCACCCUGACCCUAAACAGCGCUGCACCUUGUACUGCCAGUCCAAAGAGACACGUGUGGUGGUGAACAUGCAGGAGCUGGUGGAACCGGGCAGCCGCUGCUCCUACAAAGACCCCUACAGCGUGUGUGUAUAUGGCGAGUGCGAGAAAUUGGGCUGUGAGAACGUGGUGGGUUCACCGCUCCAGGAGGACAAGUGCGGUGUGUGUGGGGGGGAUGGAACCAGAUGCAAGACUCACAGGUUCAACUUCACCUUCACUGAUAAGAAAGGUGUUAUUAAAGUGCUUGAAAUUCCUAGAGGAGCGAGGCAUCUGCUUAUCCAGGAACUCAACGGAACUGCUCAUAUUUUGGCUGUGAAAAACAAAGCGACCGGUGAUUUCUUCCUGAACUCUCAUGGAGAUUACCCAGAAACCCGUUCGGUCAUUGAGAAAGGGCUGGAAUGGCAGUACGAGAACAAGAAUUACAAAGACAGCAUUCAGACCAACGGACCUCUGAAGAACGAUGUCGUUAUCAUGAUCCGGAUGCAUAGCUCAGCAAAGGCGAAGGUUUCGGUCAAAUACAUUACCGACUUUGAUCAGCUGAGCGACAGAGCCAACGAGAACAACAUGGUGCCUGACAAUGCAGUGCCCUACUCCUGGGUGGUUAAGAAGUGGACUCCUUGCUCCAAGACCUGCGGGACAGGUACACAGAUGACACGCUACGGUUGCCGUAAGAACGCUGAGAUGAGGCUGGUGCACAGGCGCUUCUGUGAGAAAAUCAAAAAGCCUUCUGUCAUCUUCAGGGACUGCUAUCUACGAGAAUGCGCUCAGCCCAUCUGGGUGAGUGGGGAUUGGGGUGAGUGCAGUAAGUCCUGUGGUAGAUUUGGGACUCAGACACGCUCAGUGCGCUGCGUUCAGCCGCUCAGUGAUGGAAAGUUCAAGUCAAUCCGGAGUCGAUACUGCAGCGAUGAACGUCCUGAGGCGAGACAGAACUGCAACCGCAUGCUCUGUCCUGCUGAGUGGAAACUAGGGCCAUGGUCACAGUGUUCGGUGACAUGCGGCAAAGGGACUCAAGAGAGGCAGGUGCUCUGUCAUACUCGUGACAAUACCAUUGGAAUGUGUUUGGAAUCCAAACCUCUGGCACUGAGAUCCUGCAGCAUGGACCCAUGCCCAAAAUCAAAAUCAGACUUUUGCAAACACCGACACGUUUUCUUGCCUUUAAAUAUACAUUAUGCAUCAUAUUACAUUACGUUCUUUACAUCAUCUUCACUUUGUUGUGUUAUAGGCUCCCGGUGUCGUACCGACCGCUCUAUGUUGUGCAAGAUGGCGAUGCUUCAGCAAUAUUGCAUGAUACCUGCGUUCGAGCGCAUCUGCUGCAAAUCCUGCAGCGCUGACAACACGACGAGCAUCGCUGUCGCUACACCGACGGAGUUGACUCUAACUACGCCAAAAGUAAGCACGAGAAGCCAAGGUUUUACUGUGAAUACCACAAGUCCUCCAUCGGGAAGAAGUAUCACAGAAGGCAUUGCAUAUACAGAAUAUGACGCCUGGGAAUAUACGAUCCUGACAACAGGCACUAAGGUUGAAGCUACGACUCCAAACGUAAUGCACAUAAACACAGCAAGCAGCUUCUUCACAGAGCCAAACACACCGACGCCAGUCGCCAUGACAACCCAGACUACAAGCGGUAACGUCACCUUGUCCGUUAUAGAUGUUACGAUACACAACGCUGAUAAAGAUAACAAUAGUGUCAGUGGGCUGGAUGAGUUACACGUCACUACGGCGACUACGCCCACUCCUGACCCCGAUCAAUCCCAAGUCGAAAGAGAUGCCAAUCCUGAAACAGUUGGAACGCUGAUCCAAACCAUUGGGGAUGAUGAGUUAACCACUUCAGGCUGGCAUGCGAGUGAAACAGUCACUAAUAUCAGCAUGGCUCUAAUAUUAACAACACUAAUGCCAACUUUUGAAGAAACAUCAAACCCUAACGGAAGUAUUGAACAAAUAACACCAUCUAUGAUCAUGCCGACCACAGCGACAACGAUCACCUCAUCACCGACGAUACACAAGUUGUCAACAGCCAGUCCAGCCAACAAAGAGGAGGAAAACAAUGCCAUCGAAGUCCAUUUCCAAAUUACCGGUGUGGAUAUCGAGUUCCCUGAGAACAACAUCAUUCCAAGAAGAGGACGCGUCUUCCUACGGGAACGAACGCGCAACAAACGGAUCCAGGAACUUCUGGAAGAAAAGAGGAACUUUUUACGCCGAAUGAAACGAGCUCAGGGCUUUUAGAGCCUGCUUUCUCUUAUAGAGAGACAUAAAUAUCAAUGCUACUUUUAACUCCACACAACAUUUUGGUGCUUGGGUCAAGAACUGGAAAAGCAUACUGUAUGUGCUUCCCAUAUUACAGAGCUAACUGAACAUUGUGGAGCCAAAACCACUAGCAAACGUUUGCACAGUAGCUUUGAGCACAGGGAAACCCAUUUUUUUGGAAUGGGCUACAAAAUCAGAGGUCAUAGGUUUGAGUCAGAUCUCUAUUCUAAUUGUUUGUUUGUUUUGCAUGCCACAUCUAGCAGGCAUGUUAACACUAGGGUUAGGGUUAGGGUUAGAAAAACUAUGAGUAAUAAAACUACACUAUAGGGGCAAAAGAAUGCAGACCCUUGACCAUAACAACCAAAUCUGGUUCUACCUUUAACUGUUGCCACUAAACUGGACGCACAAAUAUGUAAAAUGUCUUCGUAGUCUGUAGCCUUAAGAUUCUCCUCCACUGGAACUAAGAAGCCUGAACCUGCUCCAGCACAACAACACUUCUGUACACAACAUGAGCUCCAGGAACACAUGGUGUGUUUAAGGUAGGACUUUAGGAAUAAGAUGGAACUCCCCAGACCUUCUUGAUCAGAAAUGGUCGAUCUCUGAUCUCACUAACGGCUAAUUGAUCUCUGAUCCCUACAGCCACACUCGGAAAAUCUUCCUACCCAGAAUAUCUUAACUUUCCGUUAAUCUGAUCACGUGUCUACACAUUUUUUGUCACCGGAUGUCAUCCCUUUAACUGUAAAAUUCAUUCCAACUGUGUUUUUAUGAAUCCUUGGGAUUUGAAACUUUCCACAGGACCAAGUUGACAACAUUUCCAAGAUUAAUUGAUCUAAUCAUGGUUUGGAUUUAAUUGACACGACCAGUGUAUUGAAACAGGCUGAUAACUGUAAUUAUACGAUUUAAAUGAUUAAUAUUAACUUUUUUAUGGUCAGUUAUGAUUUCCAGCACAUAAAGUAAACAUUUUGUCCCCUCUGGCUUUGCUUCAUUGGCUCAUAUUCUAUGUUUAAUAGACUCUAUUUUGAGAGCAAGUUCAACUCUAACCACACACACACACACACACACACCACAUCUCUCUUGAAUUUGGUUUGUUAAUAUACACAAAAAUCCUGGUGGCUAAGGUGUUGGUCUACCAAUUGGAAGGAUGUGAGUUCAGAUCCACCAAGCUGCCACUGCUGGGCCCCUGAGCAAGGCCCCUUAAUUGCUUAGUUUUAUAAAAUGAGUUAAAAAAUAGAUAAGGGUGUCAAAUGACUUAAAGGUAAAUUUUUUUCUAGAAACAUCUUUAGUACAUUUACUUUUACAGCAUUUAGCAGACACUCUUAUCCAGAGUGACUUACAUUGUCUUAUUUCAGUUUAUACACCUGAGCAAUUGAGGGCUUUAAGGGCCUUGCUUAGGGGCCCUGCAGUGGUAACUUGUUGGACCUGGGAUUCGAACCAAUGACCUUCCGAUCAGUAGUCGAACACCUUUACCACUGAGCUACCACAUUAGUUAAUGUGGAAAUUAACCAAUUAGGGGAUUCAGGAAUUUGCACACCCAAAGCAAGACUUAAACCUCAUUUAAUGGACAUAUGUUUGUGAAAAUGGUGAAUAUUCAGUUCGUAUCAUUCCAAUUCCAAUAUUUAUUCUAAAUUUUAAAGGACCGUGAGUGUGUAGUGGUUUAUUCUUGAUUUAUUUACUGGUCAUAAAAAUCAGCGAUUCACCAUUUUGGGUUUAUCUCUUAUCGGCCUGUUCAACAUGCACGCAAUGUCAUCGGUGACGCCCGUCUCUGAUUUGUGUAUAUAUUAUUUGUUGAAUGCAGGAAAAAAUAUAUCAGAAAAAAAUGUAUAUUCUGCUAAAUAAAGUAUUAUUUAAAAGCAUGA